AUGCCUCGGGUGGUCCCGGAUCAGAGGAGCAAGUUCGAGAACGAGGAGUUCUUCAGGAAACUCAGUCGCGAGUGCGAGAUUAAAUACACCGGUUUCCGCGAUCGGCCGCACGAAGAGAGGCAGGCGCGCUUCCAGAACGCGUGCCGUGACGGCCGCUCAGAGAUAGCUUUUGUGGCGACCGGCACCAACCUCUCGCUGCAGUUCUUCCCAGCCAACCUUCAUGGGGAUCAGCGGCAGGCGCCCAGCCGAGAAUAUGUGGACUUCGAGCGGGAGACGGGAAAGGUUUAUCUGAAGGCUCCUAUGAUCCUGAAUGGAGUGUGUGUGAUCUGGAGAGGCUCGAUUGAUCUUCAGCGUUUGGAUGGGAUGGGUUGUCUGGAAUAUGAUGAUGAGAGGGCACAGCAAGAGGAUGCUCUAGCCCAGGCAGCCUUUGAGGAAACCCGCAGAAGGACUCGUGAUUUUGAGGACAGGGAUCGCUCGCACCGUGAGGACAUGGAGCCCAGGCGACAGCAGGACCCAAGCCCUGGCUCCAACAUGGGCAACACUGAUGAUCACAAGAUGCGCUAGCGGCAUUCACCAAAGUGGGCAGGGAUAGGGUCAUAAGACCUCCAACACCACAGCAAUCUCAUCUCCUGAUGCCUUGUUUAUCACAGGACAGACCAAAGUCCACACCGGUGGGGAUUUUUGGAUGGGAUGUUUGGUGAAGGGGCUGGGUGGGUUGGGCUGGGCUGGUAUUGAUGUGAGUCAGAGAUUCAUUUGCAUUUGAUUUAGUCCCUUGUUUCUUCUUGGGAUUUUUGCACUAUGUGAUACGUUCAGUUUAAGUCCCCCAUAUCGCCUUUCGGUAUGCAUGGUUUUCCUACCUAUGUUUGCUCUUGUUCCCCCCUAUGCAAGGCAUCUUAUUUUAUCCUAUUGUAAUGAAAUGGCAUUUUUUUAUUAUUUUAUUCGUAUUGUGUGUGAAUGUCGGGAUGUUUACUUUUUGUAUUUUAAUUUCCUCUAUACUGUAUAUAAACCUGUCUGUCCUUGUGCUUUGUAGGAGAAACUAGUAAACGUCGUUAGGUAGAUUUGUGCAGUAGAGUAGAACUUUUUAUUUUUGAUGUCUAAAAAAAGAAAAAUCUAGAAAGAGGCUGCUGAUGUUGUGAAUGAGGAGGUCUUUUCUUUUACCAUCCUUCUCUAUGUGCUCUGUCUUCCACUCUCUUCCUGUUACAGUCAGUUGAAGCAUGCUUUGAACGUGAACUGAGCAGCAGGAAGUGAAUAUUGAGGUCAAUGUUACUCUGAGCGUGCUCUACACAAAAUGAGGCAGAGAUUCGGUUUUUCACCCUACAUCUGCUUUUUCUUUCAUUAAUGUCAACGUUUUACCCAUUUAGUUUGUUUUAAGCAGGAUUUUCACAG